AUGUUUAGCUCAAGCUACGACGAUGAUUGCAACAACAGGUAACAGUUUUAACUUUGAACAGUCUUUUUUGCAAGAUAAAUCGUUGAUAAAAUGCUUAAAAUUUAAAAGAGUUAACAGGGGAAGUACCCCAAGUGCAACGCUCAGAUUUUCUUUAAAUUUUGCACACAAUUCGGGCAUAGACUAAGCAUUAAUUCCUGAAAGUUUUAGCUCGCGCUUUGCAGCCGCAGCCGAGAUAUUCAACAAUCUUUGCAGCCAAGAGAGUACUCUCAAAGCGGAGAGCGGUCAGAGAGAAACCCGUUUUUUGGCCAUAACUCUGCCAGUUUCGUGCGAAAGAAAUAGAUUUUUUGUAGACAUAUUGCACUAUACGGUAGAAAUAGGCACGAAACUUUUCGUGUCAAAAUUCGGAAAAAAGUCUCACAUUUUCGCCGACUUUCGAUCUAAAAAUCUCGGCUUUUUCUGCAAAGCGUGAGCUGGGAUUCUCACAUGUAUCUUAUAAAAAAUUGUUCUAAGUUUGUGCCAAGCUUCAUCAAAAUCAGUGCGUCGCACUUGGGGCAUUACAUCCCUUGUAAGUUGCAAGAGCGCUGUAAAUCUCUGAAAAACUUGGCAUGACCACAACCACAUAAUCCCCUCUCGAUUUUGUAAUUCCCCCUCGAUUCUAGCUCAGCCUUUGCCGGCUACAACGACUUCUCCUUCGACACGAAAGUCGGUUCUUGUUGGGAGGACGAGACCAACGAUUGGAUCAAAGACCGGGAGGGUGACUUUGAUGAUUACUACGGCCAAAAGCGGAAGGAACGAGAGACUCGUCAGAAUUAUUACAAACUCGGAGCUCACGCAUUGGAUUCGCUUUAUGGAAGCUCGGCUUCAUCGUCUUCUUAUGAUUCCUCCAGCAGCUCCAAGUCCUCUUCCGAAAAUGUUUCUCGUUCCUCUAGCCUGAGCUACAGCCGAAGGCCAAGCGUUCAGAAGGAGGGGAAGCCGGAUAAAAGUGAGUUUUUGAUUGCUUACGGACUAGGGGGACUAUUUUACGUCUGGAACUUAUAGGGAAAGUACCCCAAGUGUGACGCUCAGAUUUUGAUGAAACUUGGCACAAGUUUAGAAUAAUUUUUUCUAAAAUAUAUGCGAGAAUCCUAGCUCGCGCUUUGCAGAAACAAUCGAGAUUUUUCGGUCGAAAGGCGACAAAAAUUUGAGACUUUUUUUCGAAUUUCGGCACGAAAAUGUACAUCCCUGUUUCUAACGUAAAAGUUAAUGUUUCCACAAAAACCGAACUUUUUCCGCACGAAACUAGCAAAGUUAUGGCUAAAAAGUGUUUUUCUCUCUGACCGCUCUCCGCGUUUAGCGUACUCUCUCGGCCGCAAAGAUCGUUGAAUAUUUCGGCUUCGCCUUCAAAGCGCGAGCUAAAAUUUUCAGGAAUUGAUACUUAGUCUAUGCCCGAAGUGUGUGCAAAAUGUAAAGAAAAUCAGAGCGUCGCACUUGGGGUACUUUCCCUGUGAGCUUUUCAUUUUUUGCAAUUCGCCAUGAUGUUGAUAUUUUAGCCGAGAAGCUCGAGCAGAUCAAAGAGAACACUGUUCUGGCCGAAGUGAACCCCCGCAUUGCUCGAAUCAAGCCCUAUCAUUUUGAGGACGAGAUCAACGCCGAAAAAUGCGGUGCAAAAGUCAUCUUUAUUGAGAGAAAACUACCGCCAUACGAGCCGACCUUCUUCGAGAAGGUCUUUUUGUGGUGUAAUUAA